GGCAUUUUCAGAUCAGAUUCGACAACUCGCCUAUCUGCGACCAGUGUAGUGCGCACUGUUCAGCGAUUUUAACGCAAACACAAUGUGCGUGUGCGUUUAGGGCACAACCGACAUGUUCCCGUCGGAUAGCCCGGAGCUGCAAGGCGGAUAGUCUGCACACGUCGUUGGAUUUUUGAGGGAAGCCAGUGCUUUAUCACUGUGUUUUCGAACGGAAACUCCUGGGUUAGUAAUUGUAACCAUUCGUAUGUUUGACGCAUUUGCAGCUACAAUUCAACUGAGUGGAGAAACGGAAUUAAGAGAAGGAACAGUAAUACACUACUCGAUUCAGUAGGCGACACAUCCAAAUCUGUAACUGGAUCUCAUGAGCGCUAACCAACAAGCUAACUAGCUACAUGGGACGUACUUUGCUGAAAUAUUCCAUUCCAACUGGGACGACUUCAUCCGUUCCUUUUACGCGCAUACGCUCAGAAAUGCCCAGAUGGUAGACUAGAAGGCAAGAGACUGGCACGUGGAGAGAAAACACACCUUUGUGUUGAAGGAAAAGCAAGAAAUUGACAACGCAUCGAACGUGUGGCCCCUUUCGUCAUGCGGCGGUGGGGGAGGAUCGGAGCAGGGACCUCGCAGCGGAUUUCAUGUUUCGCAACAAUGUUAAUGCUCCUCAUCUCAGGAUUAUAGGCUAAGGCUCGAAAAAUGAGGACCGCUUGUUUGUAAAUGGUUAAACUGCACUGUGUAGAUCGGAGCAUCGAAAUGAGCUAUGAGGGAUAUUCCAUGCUGUCAUCGAUUACAAGACUACCAUGGCAUUUAAGAGGUUUGCCUAAUUCUUACAUUUGUGAACACAGCUGUAUUGACUUAAUUUGAAUGCGAUUUAAUUUGUACUUCCGAAUUCAUAUCCAUUUAGCUGUCUAUUUCCCAAGAAGGCUACACGUUUUAUUGAGCAGCUAGAUAGAUUUUUUUCGGUCCGAGAAUUUGUGGACCAAGCUCAACGUCAGUGCGUGCAGUUGGUCCACAUUAAUCCCCAGAAAAUCUGCAUAUCUUAAAGCAAACUCAUUCUAUGCCAAUCUGCCACAUAUUUUACGUUUUUCAAAAUUAUCUUUUUGCCCACUUGUAAAUGGCUUCAUUCCCAGACACCGACCUGCAAACAUGCCCCCUGUGCAAGGAGCUGUGCGGGUCUUCUGCUCCGAUCUCCUCCAACUCCUCUACCUCAUCGUCCUCAUCUCAGACCUCAAGUUCAUCUACCUCAUCUUCCAGAAGGCUCCACGUACUCCCCUGUCUACAUGCAUUCUGUAGGCAGUGCUUAGAGGGCCAGCGGAACCCCGGCGACCCACUGAAACUUAGGUGCCCAACUUGUGACCAAAAGGUUUCCAUGUCCGAAUCCGGGGUAGACGCCUUGCCAUCCUCAAAUUUUCUCUUCAACAACUUACUUGAUGUUGUAGUUGCGUCCGAGGAGCAAAACAAGACUAACUGCAGAAUCAACCCACACAGUAGCCUUCUUCGACCACAUCACCUCACCGAACCUCAAUGCAGUUCCUGCGAUGAGGGCAAUCCCGCUACCUCACAUUGCUUGGACUGCCAAGAGUACCUCUGCGACAACUGUGUCCGGGCGCACCAGCGGGUCCGUUUAACCAAAGACCAUUUUAUUGAAAGGUUACUGGAGAGCUUGCACAUUGGAGGCCGGACCAACAACUCCAACACUCCGGUGAGCCUCUCCCAGUCGUUCCAUUCGACCUACUCGUUUCUGCCCGUCUUUCAGGAGCGAAUGGAUUUCUGCCAACAGCACGAUAACGCGGUGCUGCGGUUCUUCUGUGACAGCUGCUCGGUGCCCAUCUGCCGGGAGUGCAGUGCUGGGCGGCACGCCGGACACAGCUUCACCUACCUGCAGGACGCCGUGCAGGACUGCCGCGCCCUCACCAUCCAGCUGCUCGCCGACGCCCAACAGGGACGCCAGGCUGUGCAGUUGAGCAUUGAGAAGGCCCAGGCGAUCGCCGAGCAGGUGGAGCUGAAGGCCAAGGUGGUGCAGACGGAGGUGAAGACCAUCACCCUGCGCCACAAGAAGACCCUGGAGGAGCGCGAGUGUGAGCUCCUGUGGAAGGUGGAGAAGAUCCGGCAGGUGAAGGCCAAGUCCCUGUACCUCCAGGUGGAGAAGCUCCAUCAGAAUCUGACCAAGCUGGACAGCACCAUCGCCACGGUGCAGCAGGUGCUGGAGGAGGGCGGGAGCCUGGACGUGCUGCUGGCGCGCGAGCACAUGCUGGCGCAGAUGGAGGAGCUCAAGGCGCUGCGCUGCCUGCUGCAGCCGCAGGAGGACGACCGCAUCGUCUUCACGCCGCCCGACCAGGCGCUCUUCAUCGCCAUCAAGUCCAUGGGCCUGAUCAGCAGCGGCGCCUACGCCUCCGCCUCCAAAGCCCACGGCGAGGGCCUGAAGCGCGGCCUGCAGGGCAAGGUGGCCUCCCUCACCGUGGUGGGCUACGACCACGACGGCGAGCCCCGGCUGUCCGGCGGAGACGGCGUCUCGGCCGUGCUCAUGGGGCCGGACGGGGCCCUGUCCAGCGCCGACGUCUCGGACCACCAAGACGGCACCUACACGGUCAGCUACCUGCCCAAGAGCGAGGGCGAGCACCUGCUCUCCGUGCUCAUCUGCAACCAGCACAUCGAGGGCAGCCCCUUCAAGGUGCUGGUCAAGUCGGGCCGCAGCUACGGGGGCGUGGGGCUACCCAUGGCCUCCUUCGGGGGCGAGGGCGACGGGGACGGGCAGCUGUGCCGCCCCUGGGGCAUCUGCGUGGACAAGGAAGGGUUCGUGGUGGUGGCCGACCGGAGCAACAACCGCGUCCAGAUCUUCAAGCCGUGCGGCGCCUUCCACCACAAGUUCGGCACCCUGGGCUCGCGGCCGGGCCAGUUCGACAGGCCGGCCGGCGUGGCCUGCGACAGCCAGCGCAGAAUCAUCGUCGCGGACAAGGACAAUCACCGCAUCCAGAUCUUCACGUUCGAGGGCCAGUUCUUCCUCAAGUUCGGCGAGAAGGGCACCAAGAACGGGCAGUUCAACUACCCCUGGGACGUGGCCGUGAACCCAGAGGGCAAGAUCCUGGUGUCCGACACGCGCAACCACCGCGUGCAGCUCUUCGGCCCCGACGGCACGUUCCUCAACAAGUACGGCUUCGAGGGGGCUCUGUGGAAGCAUUUUGACUCGCCGCGCGGCGUGGCCUUCAACCAGGAGGGUCACCUGGUGGUCACUGACUUCAACAAUCACCGACUGCUCGUCAUUCGGCCCGACUGCCAGUCCGCACGCUUCCUGGGCUCAGAGGGAACGGGCAAUGGGCAGUUCCUCCGUCCGCAGGGGGUGGCUGUGGACCAGGAGGACCGCAUCAUCGUGGCUGACUCCCGCAACCAUCGCAUUCAGGUGUUCGAGGCCAACGGCAAUUUCUUAUGCAAGUUCGGCACUCAGGGCAAUGGCUUUGGGCAGAUGGAUCGCCCAUCGGGUAUAGCUGUUACCCCUGACGGAAUGAUUGUCGCCGUGGACUUUGGUAACAACCGAAUCCUCAUGUUCUAAGCAAUGCUGUCUUUGCUCGUUGCAAAGGAAGUGUAGUGAAGAAGCAUAGAAAAGAAGAUUUUUGGUACACACCCAUCAGGAGCAAACCUCACAAGAAUGGAAAAAAAGAAAUGUCAAUAGUCGAGUGGAAUCUCAUCUUCUACCACAAUUCAAUUGAUCAAUGCCUUUUUAGUUUGUCAGAGCUUAUUGAUGCCGUUUGUUCAGCAGCAGCUGACAGAUCAACACAUCUAACAAGCAGCCCUUCCUCUCCCCAUCAGGUUUGGCUGCUGAAAUGUGAUGCCAUUUUUGCUCUUGAUGUGUGUUUCAAAUCUUUUUUCUGUCUGAUUUUUUCUCAGGGAAUUUCUUUCAUUCUUGAAAUAUUUUACUCUCUGCAUCAUACCUACCUCAUCUAGCUUAUGUAUGAAUGUACUCACAUUGUUUUUUGUGUGCAGAGACUUAGUCCAUGAAGUUUUAUAAAGAAACAUCUACCUCAGUGCUUUUUUUUUAGCGAGAGAAAACUACAAAAAUGAAGCAAUGUUUGAUUUGCAUUUGCACAGCUCGCACAAAUUUUCCCAGUUGUUAACUGUGCACAUAAAGCAAUUGAAAUACCCUGAAUGUUUCUGAAAACAAUGUUCAAAUUUACCAAGGUGGCAUGCUUUAGCCAAAGCAUGCAGCCAUAUUUAGAGAUCUACUGUGUUUUUUCAUGUUUUGUUUGUAGUUCUGUCAGUCAUCUGCCUCAUCCCUCUGCAAAACAUUUUACCUCAAGACUACACAAUACCUCUACGGGUCCAGUUGCCUCUCCCAAGUGUUUUCUAUUUCAAAAGGAUUUUAUGAUGCAAAAUAAAGGGGGCUCAGUCACACCUGACUGGCUGUAUAUAGUUGAGAGCAUUAAUCUCAAAUCUAUCAACUUAAAUGGCAUAUAAAAAAGUAUAAUGUUAAUCACGAUUUACUGCAAGAAUGCUGCAAGAAACCAAAAAAAAAUGCCCAAUCUCCCUAUUUAAUGUUCUCUCAAAAAAAGAGACAAUUGCUUUAGUGAAAAUUUGUUUUCCAAAUUAUUAUUGUCUUUUUUUUUUUUUUUUUUUGAGAAAUCUUUGGUAGAGGGCAUUCAUAUUUAGAUAGAUUGUAACUGAUGCCGAUUUCUGAUGAAUUUACCUAUCCUCUCUGAUUUAUUUGUCCUACAGCAUUAGUAUCUAAAAUGUAUGAUUAUGACUGCACAACUUGAGGUGAAAGAUGAUAAGGUGAUGUUUGUUGGAAUGGGCACAUUGGUGCUGGGGGAAAAAAAUAUAUAGGAUUUAAUCCAAACUUUGUCAGAUUUCUUAGUUGAGUUUUAGUUCGCCAUUGUCUGGGCAAAAUUGAGUUUUCAGACUAAAAUUGAAAAGCCGAGUCCAGGCAGGAUCUACUUGGUGAUGGUGAGGCUUCAGCUCUUAGAGAACCAGUUCCAUGUGUCUUGUUCCGUGGGCUAGCUCUUCAGUGAUCUCUCUUGUGUGGGGUCAGCAGGUCAUGUUGAGGCGUCAGUUGAAUGCAAUCAGCAGAAUGCACCUCAGACUGCCUCAGCUCCUGAGGUAAUAGUUUAGGGCGCCUUGAGUGGAAUCACUUUCAAGACAAAGCCAUCUUGUUCACUCCUUAUGCCGUCUUGACUAAAAUCAAGUUGUUCAUCGCCACCUAAAAUGUAAUGGUAUCAGUAUUUCCAACAAAAGCACAUACAUUGUCUGAGGAGAGGAUGCGUUUAAUUCCCAUUAAUUUUGUGGGAUACAUGUCACAUGGUUUGGGCCACAGGUUCUCAGUGAACACACAAGGGAAAUAACUUGGAUCCACUGAGCUACUUGUUCACCAAGUGCUUAGAGCGCAGCAUGAAGCACAGUGCAGGUGUCACACUUCCUCAGAGAGCAGAGAUGUCACCCCUCAGUAGAAAGUGAAAGGAACAAACAUCUGAGGGUCUUAAAGUUGGCAGGCUGCAUUGUGAUAGACAUCAUAGACAAGGUGAGGACGUGAAGACUUUCUUCGUUUUGUAUUCCAUUAGCCAUCGGACCUGGCUUUGUCAGAAUUGAACAGCAUUGGAAUCUCCCAUUGUAAAUGACUAGCCUACUAGAAGCUAAGAGACAUAGCUAUGAAGUUAAGUUUCUGUAAAGAUAAAGGACCUUGUUCAUUCCUAGUCCUAGUUUGCUCAACUAAUGAUAUUAUGUUACUGCUUGGCAGAUCAUUGUUGAGUGAAAUUACUUCUAUGAUCAUCUCCAGUAUUUAGUUCCAUAUUGUAGUUGAGUAUGAGAAAGUUAAAGAUGCAGUUAGUAAAUCUGGCAUAUUGAAGGGACUCGAGACAACAUUUUGAGAGUACACAACUCUCCUGCCCCUCCCCCACUACCACAAAGCACCCUCCCAUGUUGGUGCACAAACUGGGAUUGACACAGAUCGUCAGAUCUGCCAAUGAUCAUAUAGCCCUGCCCUUAUUGGACCAGAAGAACAGGGAGCGGUGGAUUUUUGCAAAACAAAUGGCAGGCUCAGGUGGAGGUAGAAGCGUGUUUUCUUUUUAAAAAACGACAGAUUUAUGUUGUUCUGUCGGACCAUACUGUUGGUUUCAGUGAAUAUGAUCAAAAACAUCUUGCCAACUGCAGCUUUAAGACAGUAAGGGGGCACACAGUUUUAAAACAAAACAAACUCCAACUUCUCUUUACAUCACUACAAUUCACAUGAACUAAAUCCAUGCAACAGUGCUUCCUCCCUGACGUUUAUCAGAACUCUCAUUCAAAUAGUAUUUCUGCUAGAAGUGUCAUGUUGUGCCUUUCUACAACACAAGCGUAAUGAUUAGCAUUGAAUUGAACAUUUUGCCAAAAUGGUGACCAUGCUUUAGCCCGUGCCAAAACUCUGGUGAAACGAGUCGUGCUAGUGCGACGAUACUCAGAUAGCUGCUGUGCUGUUGAUGAUGACGUCGGACCUCACAGAUCAUCUGUUUGCCUCAGUGUUACUGAAGACCCUUUAUCCUCAGUCCAUUACCUCAGUCUUCCCGCAGUCUGUGUUGUUUUACCUCAGUGGAAGGGAGGUGUUGUCUGUAAGACGGCCUCUUCCGAUGAUUCUGUAUGUCCCUUCAAGUGUGUGACACUGGAGUUCACCACACCCUAGUUACUGCAUUUUAAUGUUUCCUCAGGCUGAACUCCAGCAGAUGUUUGCAAGGUCCCUUGGUGUACCGAGGAGAGCUUCUCGACGCCAUUCAUGGCCAUGUGAAGAGAUCUCUUCUCUUUUUAGCUCUGCGUCACAGACAACAGACUUGCUUUUGUAGAGCCAUAGCUGGAGAAAUCUAGUAGACCACUGAGAAAAGUACUAAAAACCAAAAGGAGCUUAAGGAUGAGAAGUGUGAAUGUGAAGUGUGUGGGAUAAGAGCGCAGCUGUAGUUGGCCAGUGGCUGGUAGCGAGCGUGUGAGAGUUGGAGCUUUCCACCCAGUGUUACCUGUGCUCCGAGCUGAACACAGAGCUGCAGAGACGCCUCCCCAAAGAUCCUAAGAUCUAUACUCUUUAAGAGGAAAAAUAACAAAAAAAAACUAUAUUUAUAUUUUUGCAUGCUUUAAAAGUCCUUGUAGAAAAGUGGAUUUGAAAUAAGAAUUAAGAAACGAAUAUUUGAUGACACUUUUAUGAUGUACCAAAAAGUUUGUAUGGUAGAUUGUGGUGGAUGGCUUUGACCUAUACGAUUGUAUUUCUCUCUCAUGAAUAGCUUUACAGAGCCCCAGAAAGGUACCUCAUUGUGCAAGACACUAGUGAAAAGGUCUUUUGUCCAUGAUGCCUUAUCACACAUGCAGUAGUCUACCGCUUCAAAAAUCAUGCUUUGUUCCAAACUGGAUUAUACUUAAAACUGCCAAAUAGUUUGCUGAUUUCCAUGGCUUGUAUGGAAAUGGAAAUAUUGGCCCUUGAAGUAGCUCUUUCCCCGAGCUCUGUUCUGAUGUACGGUGUACCUUCGCGUCAUGUCAUGUGUCACCAAACAAUCAGGAACGUAGUGUGCGGAAGUGUGUCUGUAACCGAGUUCAGUCAGUGCAAGAGCUUUGAAGAACCCAAAUGUUAACAUCAGUGCAGUGUGAGGUGGAAGCAGCUCUGUGCAGAGCCACUGAACAUGUGCUCCCUCAGUUGCCCAGGGCCCUCCUGAUGAUCCCACAUCCUGUAGCCAUAGAACCUCUGCUGUUAAGACAUGUAACUGUCAUCUGAAUACUCAACACAAAUUGAGCAGGCCUCAGCCUUUAUGAAAGUAUCAGGUUCAUUUAAACAUUUAUCAGUGUGGAUGAGUAUCAGUCCCCUGCGUAUCACAACGUAGAUAUACUAAUUGGGUCUCUGAUGUUCUGUUCUUCCUUUAUGGGUUUCUUUCCCCAUUACAAACUAUUUUAGCCUGUUUCUGACUAACACACACACUCACGCACACAUCUUCUCAGAAGUGCAUGGUCCAAGACCCAUAAUGAUUGUAUUGUCUUCUGAUGUAUACACAUGUAAGAACAACUCAGGUAGCUUUCUAGAGAUUAAAAAUCCAAAUCCAAUGUUUGUUUCCCACCAUUUGAUAGUGAAUCCGCUGUUAGUACUUUUAGUAUCUGAUUUGUGUGUGUGUAUGUGUGUGGAAGUACAUUUGUCUUGAUCCAUCUGUUUAAAAAAAAAAAGAAAAAAAGAAAUUUGCUGUUUGUGAAAUUUCAAAGGAUCCCCUCAUGUUUUAUUUCCAUUGAACUGUUCAGAAAAGAAUAAGUGACACAUAAGAUUUGACCAUUUUGUAGAAAUUCACCUUUUUGUCAGCUUCUCAAAGCCACAGAGAAAUGAUGGUGGGAUAUUCUUUCCCCUCCUUUCCCCAUUCCCUCAAAGGAACCCCUCAAUUUCUCAGGAAACUAAUUGGCACAAUUUCUGUUAUCAGCAGCCAAUCAACCCGACCAAAGAAAGAAAAGUUCUCAAGUCUUGGUUUGCCUUCAAAUAAGUCAGAAAUGCCUUAAAAUCCUUCAAACGCUUCAUCUAUAUGAACCACCUUCUCAAGCAAUGCAGUGAGCAUGUCACUCCCUAAAAUGGUUUCUCCUUUGGUCCUGCCAUCAGAAUUGUACUAAGAAUCCCACUGCCAUUUUCUGUUGUGUGUGAUUGUGGUUUUGACUGCUGUUUCAGGCUCCGGGGUCAAAGGGCAGAUGUGUGGAGAAGGACGGAUGGCGUAUGGUCCAGAGGUCCUCCAAGAGCCCCUCUCCCCUCGCCCUUCCCUCCUUCCUCCACUCCUCUCCCCUCACCCCUGCUUUCUCAACUGGUUGGUGUAACGUCAGUGUUUUCCAAAAAAAAUCCCGACAGGAGACUAAAAUACUAUGUGGCCUGCAGUCUCGGUCUCUGGUCUUGGUGGACUUUAAACAUUUCCUAUGCAGUUUUUGAUUUUAUGUACUGUUGUUUACACUUAAAUAAAGUUGUACCUCUUGGAUCCUGAAA